CCAGUUUACUCACUUUGCUGGUUUAUAAUUGGCGUUUAAGCUGAGACAGGGAACGAAAGCAGUGCAACCCGCAACACAACGCGGAUCAGAAUCCAAAAGAAAACAAGAAUAAAAUAGAAGAGUAACAAUUAAUGGCAGAGAUAGAUUCGUCGUUGCCUUCAGCUUCUCCACCCGCAGAUGCUUCCCCUCAGCCCCUGCCACCGCCGUCAUCGGAAUCCGCACAAUCAUCUUUGGCCUCCCUCGCUGAGAAUCUCCAGCGUUCCGCCAUUGAAUCUGCUCGUACCGUCCACCACAACUCUUCCAACCAUAUCCGCACCUUCCAGGAUUUUUUACCAGAUGCAGUAUCACAGUACAGAGAUUAUGAAAACGCUUUUUUCAACAAAGUUAAAGAUGGAGUGGUGGUUGCAAGAGAGAAUCCAGCCUUAGGUGCCGGUUUUGCAAUUUCUGCUGCCCUUCUUCUUAUGCGAGGCCCAAGAAGGUUUUUGUACCGUAAUACACUGGGUCGAUUUCAGAGUGAGGAGGCGCGGUAUGCUACUGUUGAAAAGGGUGUGAGGGACUUGAACAUUUCAGUAGAUUUUAUGAAGAAGGAGAGCAAAAAAUUGCUUGAAAGGGCAGCUCUCGCUGAGAGGGAUAUGAAAUAUGGGCGUACUGAGCUAAUGAGUGCUGGAACCCAAUAUCAACAGCUGGCAAAAUCAUUAUACAAAGUUGAAGCACGAGCUAAUGAUUUGAUGGACAGGCUACGGGAGAUACCCACCCGUGAAGCUCUUGCGCUUCGAGCUGAGGUUGCCUCUCUAGCUUCAAGUUUGAAGAAGCAGAAAUUUGCUGUGGAUAAACGGAUCAUGAAAAUCUCCGAGUUAGGGGUAGCUAUAUGAAUUCAAUAAGCGUGUUUAGGACCUUACUUCGGUGCACAGCCAUCCCUGUUUGUCCCAAUUUUCUUGAACCAAAGCUGCUGUUGAUGGGGGCAGAUUGCUCUACGAAUAAUGCAGAUACUUCUAUUGGACACUGGUUUUUCUUAAAAUAAUUUACAAGUUCUGUGGGAAUCAAA